UUUCCCCACGCCCCUCCUCGUCUCCAUCCUCGCCGCUCAUUGAGCUAGAGACCCCCGCGCCGUCGGAAAGCGGAUAAAGGGAGACAGGCCGAGCCUAGACCCAGCAUCUUUUUUUCGCCGGCCCCUCUCUCUCCCCCGUCAUAUGAGAGAACCCGACAUGUCGGCUCCUGGAAACCUCCCCGCCACCGGGGCACCCGACCCCACCGCGCGCCACUCGCCAGGCACCUCGCCCGAGGAGUCUGCCUCCGGCGAGGCCGCCUCGCAGGUCGGCAUCCUCGCCUCGCAGAAGCCCCUGACCGUGGGAUCGACCGAGGCCGGUCUAAGUGGCUCAAGCACCGCCACACCGCCCCGAUCGGAGCCCGUGUCCCCCGGGCUCCUCGACGCCGCGACCCUGGCCACCAAGCUGCCUCCCUCGGUGAUUGCCUCCUUCAGCAUGAUCCCCAAGGAGGACACCACCAACGGCACGGCCUCCUCGCCGCCCGCCCCGAUCAUCGACUCUGGCGGCCCUCUUUCCUCGGUGGCAGCCGUCGUGGCGGCCAUGGCCGCGGCGUCUGCCGCCGCCCGCAAUGCCAUCCCACCGGCCGGCUGGUCCGGCGCCGAUGUGGAAAUGGGCGAUGCCGAAGAGCGCACCUGCGCGGCCGAGUCCGGGUCUUCCUCCGCCCCCGCCGCCGCCGCCGCCGCCGCCGCCGCCGCCCCCGCGGUGGCCCCGGCUGCGUCCCCGCGCACGGCCGUGCCGCUGGACACCGAUGAGCAGCUGGCCGAGUCCAUCGAGGCCAUCAUGGCCCUCUCCUCGCCGACGAUGCGUGUCACCCACUCGACGAAUGACCACACCCCGAGUCGCAGUGCCCUUCCGUCACCAUCGCUGCCUGCCACUUCCUCCGGCUCCCACCUGCCGGCGAACUUCCUCCUGACCGCGGAGUACCUGCGCACAGGCAAGCUUCUCCCUCCCCCGGGCCAGCAGCCCGAGAAUGUGGCGCUGUCUCCGCCGCACCCCGAGGCGGAGCAAUCUCACGGCCAGCAGCCCCAGCCCCAGCAGCCCCGGGACCACCAGAAGCCUCCGAGCCACCCGUCGCCUCCCGGCCAGCAGCCUCCCGGCCACAAGCCCCAGGACCCACAGACCGCGCAUGGUGCUCUCAGCUUCCCCCUCCUUGCGGGCAAUCGUGGCCUGCUGGUGACGGGUAGCUCUUCGAGCCUGUCCUCCCCGACAUUGGACACCUCAAUGUUGGAGGCCUCGGACCCGGUGAAGUCCCCCUCCCCGACACCGGCCGAGGAGGUCCUCCACGAGUCUGGCCCGAGCGUGGCCACCACCCCAAGCCACUCGGCGCCCGUGUCGAACAGCGGCUCGCCCACUUCCGGCUCCGACAAGCCCAAAAUCCCCGAGGGGUCGCAAUUCUGCGAGUGGCAGGGCUGUAAUAUGCUCUUCAAUUCGACGGAGAUGCUGCGCCGCCACAUCAGCACCGAGCACAUCGGCACCGUGGCCGGCAAGAACCGGUGCCUCGUAUGCAAGUGGAAGGGCUGCGACCGGCUCGGACGGCCGUUCAAGACUCGGAGCAAUGCCGUCAGCCAUGUUGACUGCCACAUCGAGGGCAAGCCACACUCGUGUGAUUUCUGCAACACCGCCUUCAAGCGCCACCCCGACCUGGUGAAGCACAUCACGGUCAUCCACAACCAGCAGCUGAAGAGCAUCAAGAAUGGCCAAUUCACGCACGGCGACAAGCCCCUCUCGGCCACGGUCAUGGGGCUCAUUAGCAAUGGCCACGGAUCGGCCGAUGCCGGGCCCGGUUCGGUGCGCGGCACCAAGCCGCCUCCCUCGACCUCCGGCAAGCAUUCGCUCAUGUACCACCCGGGCAGCGGUCUUCCGCAGAUGACGCCGCUCUUCUUCGGCCCCGGCGGGACCCUUCCCCAGGGCGCCAGCUUCGCCAUGUCCGAGGCAUAUCCCAACCCGAGCAUGCAAUUCCCCCUGCACGACCCGAGUGCCAUGCUCAAGGGCAUGCCCUUCUUUGGCGGCAUGCCCGGCGGGUCGGGCACAGCCUCGACGCCCUUUGGCCAGACUCCCGUGUCGCCGGCCGACCAAGCCGGCGGUCUGGUCCUGCCGGCGGUCUAUUCCUUGGCCCCCAGCGGAGGCCUGUCUUCUUCCACGGCCCAGCAGCAGCAGUCGCAGUCGCAGCCGCAGCCGCAGCCGCAGCCGCAGCACCACCAGCACCAGCAGUCCCAGUCGCAGCCGGACCCCUCGGCCCAGCAGUCGCAGUUCAUCUCGCCGCAGCUCUUCCAGCAGGGAAGUUUGCAGCAAUUUGCGGCGGCGGCGGCGGCGGCGGCGGCGGCAGCGGCAGCGUCCACGGCAGGGACCAGCGGUGCGCCUCCGGGCAUCGGGCUUUUGACCGGUGGCGGCUCAGCCUCGACUGGCGCUUCGUCGGCCUCCUCUCCGACAGUGGCCCUCCCUCCGGGCGGGGCGAUGGCCACCGGCUCGAUGGCCGCCCAGCCAUUGCCCUUUGGCCAGACCCCGGGCAAUGGCCCGGCGGCGGCCAUGCUUCAGUCACUGGUCGGCGGCGGCCCGAUGGCCGGCGGCAAUCCCGCGUGGCUCGUGGCCGCAGGUGGGUCCCUCUCGGCUCCGGGGGGUCUGGUGGCCAUGGAAUUCCCCCCGGGCGAGCUGCUCAUCGGGAAUGGCGGGGCUCUGACCGGGCUCGGCCCGGGUGGCGGGUGGAUGGGAUCGCCUGCGCUCGGGAACGCAAGUCCGCCCACCAGCCACAGUGGCAUCUCCAACGCCGCUCAAUUGGCCUUCCAACAGCAGCAGCAACAGCAGCAGCAGCAGCAGCAGCAGCAGCAACAUGCUCAAGGCGGUGUCUCGAUCUCACUUCCCUCUUCGCCGGCAGUUCCAGCCGCCGGCACGAUGCAGGCCGCCCAGCAACAGCAGGCCCAGCUCCAGCAGCAAUUCCAGCAGCUCCAGCAGCUUGGAUUUGUCGGCGGCUCUCCCGGGCUCCAGGCGAUGCCCUCGCGCCCGGGGAUCUGGCAGGCCGACAUUGGCACUUCGUCGAAGCAGCCCGGCGUUGACCUCUUUGCUCUGAGCUGUUUCAACUUCCAGCAGCAACAGCAACAACAGCAGCAACAACAGCAACAGCAGCAGCAACAGCAGCAGCAGCAGCAACAGCCCGCCACCGGCCCCGCCGCCGCAGGAACAACGGCAGCGGCCGCCUCGCCCUUCGGCGGCCUGGCCAGCGGCACCGGCACCCCGCCCGGCACCUUCGCCAGUGGCGGGACCGGGGGCAGCGCCACACGGCCGGCACUCCGUGCGGUCCUUUCCGACUCGGCUCUCGGGGCUGCUGCCUCAGCGAGCAGCAGCAACGAGUCGAUUGUCGCCACACUGGAGACCCUGGACGCCGGGGCGCUGGAGGCUGGCAACAUGACCACCAUGCACCAGGGGAUGCCUUCGCCGGUCGGCAGUGCUGGGAGUUCGUCGUCGGCGCAGCUCGGCUUGGCCGAUGGUGCCGCAUCGUCGACCCUGCUCGGGGCCGGCGGGGCGUCUGGCACCCUGUCCGGCGGCAUGGGACUUGGAUUCCCCCCGCCCUCGGCUCCGGCGGCCAGUGGCCAUGCGCCGCACCAAUCCUUCCAGCAGGCGCACCUGGCGACGGCCGUGCAUCGGGCAAAUGCAUCCAGCCCCUUGGUCAGUCCGCUGUACACCGCCGGCCCCGGGGGCAGCGGGCUGACCUCUUCCAAGUCGGCCAGCUCCUCGCCGGCCACCAUGAACCCGACCGCGGUGUCUGGCUUGCUGACGACCACCCCCUCGCCGGGGCCUGGCAGUGCGUCUGCGCACUUUGCCUCGCCCAGUGGCCACUUCGCCGGUGGCUCGGGCCCCAGCCCGGGCUCCUUCCAUGGGGGGGCCCAUCAGCAUGCCGGCGGGCCGGGCUCCGGGCCUCAUGGGAUUUCCGCCACGACGGGGCGCUUUACUCGACGCUUCUCCCUCCCGAGCAUGACCUCCAGCCAUCAGGCGUCCUUCGGUGGUGGGGCGGGCGCCGGGGCGAGCGACCUGGCCCCCGGCGGGGCCGGGCCGCCGGCCGCCGGGCCUUCGCACCAGACCACGGUGGUUGCCAGUGCCGGGGUCGGUUCCACCAUGACCAGCGCCGCGCGGUUGUCCAGUCACUCGCCAAUCAACCGCAACCGGCGGGGCUCCUCCCCGGCACGCAUGAGCCAGCUCCAGGCUGCCUCGAGCAUUGCUCGACUGGAGGUCAUCAGCGAGGCGGCCGCGGCGGCGGCUGCCCAAUCCCAGCCGGCCGCUUCUCGCAGCCGACCGGGAUCCUUCCUGGACAUGCCCUUCUCGGGACUGAUGAUGUCCCCGACGCCGGGGUCGACCCCGUCGCCGGGGCCUGGGGCCUUCGGCAGCGUACCCGGGGGCCUCCUGUCAGCCUCAUCGUCAAGCACUUCGUUGGCGGCGGGUUCCUCCUCCAGUGGGGCGGUUUCGCCGCUGGAUGCCGGGGCGAUGCAGGUGUCCGGGCCGUCAGCCAGCGGCAAUGGGCUCUUCAGCCAGUCCUAUGCUUCGGCACCCGGCAACGGCGGCUCCUUCGAUGGCACCGUAUCUUCAGAAGAUGCAGCAGCCAAGAGCCUGCUCUUGGAGCAGCAGUCUGCGCUCCUUCGGUCGGAUUUCAUCCAGGCCCUCCUUCAGCAGCAGCAGCAGCAACAGCAACAGCAACAGCAACAGCAACAGCAGCAGCAGCAGCAACAGCAGCAGCAACAGCAACAGCAGCAGCAACAGCAACAGCAACAGCAGCAGCAGCAGCAGCAGCAGAUGCAGCUGAAUCUCCCACAUGGACAGACUGCCAUGGCUGGUGUGCAGCCCGAGGUGGCAACCAUCCCCCUGCAGGCAAUCCUGGAGCAGCUUCUGCCGAAUCUAUCUCCGGAACAAAUGCGCGCCCUAUCGCAAGCCCAGCUGCUGUCCGGACAGCGAGGCAAUGUUGCCGCCACGCCGACAGCCAGCUCUGUUUCUGGACCCGAUUCGCCGGCCCUUUCGACCAGUGUGUCUAUGCUCUCGGUGUCCGGCCCACUGGCGGCGCAGCAGGCACCCCGGCCCCCACUGCCAGGCACCGGUGCACACCAUUCCUUCGGGCUGAUUUCUCUGAUUGAGCCGUCGGCCGGUGCCAGCAACGGCAAUCCCACUGCCAGUCUCCAACCCGGCUCCACAAGUGUCCCCAGUCAGGAUGCGGAUAUGGUCGAUUCCGCAUCCGAUGCCUCCUUCAUCCUCCAGCAACAGGCGCAGCAGGCGCAGGUGCAGCAGCUCUGGCAGCUCCGACAGCAGCAGCAGCAGCAGCAGCAGCAGCAGCAGCAGCAGCAACAGCAGCAGCAGCAGCAGCAGCAGCAGCAGCCGCAGCAGCAGCCGCAGCCGCAGCCGCAGCAGGACCUAUCGAGCAAGUCCACCCAGCCAUCCGCCGUCAAUAUCUCCAUUCCCUCACACAUCCUGGAUCUCAGUGAGGCCGAUCUUCGCCAGUGCAUCCAGGCUGCCUUUUCCUCGUCACAGAACGCCGGCUCGGCCGACCAGCCGGCUGCCGGCACCGUGGCCGGGGGGAGCAUCUCCCGGGCGCAACUUGACCAGGUCCUCCGAACCGCCCAACUCCGGGCACAGCUCGCCAAUGGCGGCCCGACCAGCCGCGCUCCUUCGCCAGGGAUGGCCCCAUCGGCCAUCGACAUGCCCCUCGCCACGGGGACCCGCAGCGUUUCCCAUUCCCCGGGUGCUGAAAUCGCCCUACAGCAGCAGCAGCAGCAGCAGCAGAAGCAGCUUCUUCGCCUCGAGACCAACGCCAGGGGCGGUGUUUCUUCUUCGGCGAUGGAGGAGCUCCGUGGAACCAACGCCACGGCCACCAGCUCCGAGGCCGCAGGCGGCCUCGGUGACCUCGUGCACCUCGCGACCUGUAGUGGAAUCCCCAUGUAA